GAAGUAUUUUUAGAAAUAUGAAAUUGUUCAGCAAAAACCAGCUUAAUUUUCAAGAUUUUGGAGGAUUUGAUGUUAAAAUAGUUUGCUCCAAUAGGCAUUUUUUUCUUCACAGACUGGUUUUGGCCGGGUCCAGCUCAUUUCUUAGAACUAUUCUUAAGGAUGUUGAUUUAGAGGAUGAUUAUUGUAUCCUCAUUUUACCUGAAAAUACCCCAGAAGAAGUGGAGAACAUGGUAUCCCUACUGUACAGUAUGGAUGCAGCUUUCGCAAAACCGGUUUCAAGGAUAGUGGAUCAGUUGGGUAUUGGGGAAUUUAGCCAAUCAAGACCCAUAACAGAGCAAUUUCUCUCUGCUGGGGGAAGCACACGCACACCUGAAACAGAAAAGAAAACGAAGCUAGAAGAUAAAAAUUCGAAUGAUUACCAUAAAACUAUAAACAGAACUGAGAACAAUUUUGAUGAAAACUCAGAAAUCAGAGACCAAAAGAAAUUUCUUAAACACACGAUAAAUGCGCCUUUAAAAAAAGGUGGAUUGAAUGGAAGCAAAUACACGUGCAAUUUUUGUACCUUCUCCACAGACCGGAAGUUUAGUUUAUCAAGACAUCUUGACCGGAAACAUCCUGACACUGGACCAGAUUCUGGAGAUUUGAAUGCGGCUGAAUCAAAUAAGUUAACCGGAACAGAACUAUACCAAGGGUGUAUGCCUGACGAACAGGACUUAAUGGACUGUAUUGCUGUUCAAGAAUUAGAAGAAACAGCUGUGCAGAUGCAACAAAAUCAAAAUGAUCCUGAACCGACGCUGUACCCUUGUAAUAUCUGUGAAUUUUCGACGAAAAAAAUGCACACUUUGAGAAAACACAAGUUUACAGAGCAUCCAGACCAUGUGGCAGUGGAGGAGGAUUUGAAAAGGUUCUCAUGUGAACAAUGUGAGUUUACGUCCGACAGAAGAUAUAGUUUGCAGAGACACAUGGAAAGGAAACAUCCGGAUUUAAAGAAAACAGUUUCUACUGCUCAACCCUACACCUGUGAAAGAUGUCCCUACACUGCCCAGCUGUACUCUAUACUACAAGAACAUGUACAUAAAGUACAUAAUAAACCUGUUCCUAUUCUUCCUUGUGAUAAAUGUGAAUAUGUAGCACCUAGCAGGCUCAAACUAAAGCAGCACAGAAGUAUGAAACAUGAAAAAAGCAUUUUUAAUUGUGACAAAUGUACCUUUUCUGCGCGCAAGUUUUCAAUGGUAAAAAGACACAAAAUAAGCGAGCACGGUGGGUUUUCGUGUCCGCACUGUGAAUACACUACAAAUCUACUUCCAAGCCUUAGAAUCCAUGUGUCUGGGAAACAUGAAGGUGCUAAGUAUCUAUGUGAUCAGUGUGCUUAUGUUGGAUCAUUUCUAACAAGUCUACAUGCACAUAAAAAGAAGGUCCAUGAGGGUGCACGGUAUUCCUGUGAUAGUUGUGAGUUUACUACAACGAGUUCCAGUGCUUUGGGAAAGCACAAACAGAUCAAACACCUGGGCGUCAAGUACUUUUGUGAUCAGUGUGAAUAUUCAACAACCAUUAGAUUUAGUUUAAAAACACACAUUCAGUCGAACCACGAUGGUAUCCGGCAUCCCUGUAAUGAAUGCAGCUACCAGGCGACAACUUUACAGAUCUUGAAGAGUCACAAGAAGAGCAUCCAUGAAGGGGUUCGCUAUCCCUGUGAUAUGUGUGGAUAUGCUGCUACUGCUAAAUAUAAACUGAAAUUACACAAGAUGAAAAGGCAUGUUACAGAGUAAAUGGUCAAACUUAUGAUUUAAAUUUUAUUUAAUUGAUAAUUUAAAAAAUUAGAUUAUUUUAAUUAUUUUUCUGUAAUA